GUGAGACAUAUCAGCGGCAAGACGAAGAAAAUGGCAAACAAGAAAUUCGCCAGGCGGGUUUGAAUGAAUGGGAGUGGGUCCUGAGCGGAGAUGCUGAAUUGAGAUGUGGGCAAGCAAUCAAAGUAGAUAUUUCUUGGUAUGCCUGAGCGUGCUGGUUUCUCGGUGUUCAAUUCAAAACAAUAUCAACCUGUCAAGAUGGAUAACGAGAUCCACAUACUGCUUCUCCAAGUGAAGGAGUUCUCCGGAUCACCACAAUUCAUCAUUCUCAUGCUGAUAUCACUCUUGAAGACUUUGGAGGGUCGUGGUGUUCAUAAUUGUGAAUUGGAUCGAAUUCAGCUGCGCUGGUCUGUAAUAUCUCAUGCGCCGCAGUACCGCAUCGUAUCGUGCCCUCACAUAUGCCAUUGUGUGUUCGAGGUUGGUAACGCAAACCGAAGUAGUGAGAAUGAGAUGGAGUGUAAGGGUUCUCCGCUCACGCUCUCACAGCCGAGGUGCAAGAUGCAGCCAAGCCCAGCACGGAAACAUUCCUUCCUAUAUAAAGCUCCAAACUGCCGUGACUGCUUCCCAGCUCCCUCCCCGCAGCUUUUCUCCCACAACAAUUGCGCUCCGGACUCGCAGUCGUGCCUCCGACAAUCGAAAGACCCACAACGACCUCAUAUCUCGACGUUGAGGGAUUGUCAAUGCUGACCGAACCUUGCGUUUGGUUGGGCGGCCUGCUUUGAUAUGCUCAGUGCUCGAGCCGAUGUUUCCGCGACGACUUCGAUACGACUUUGCGACUCGACACGGACGUCUCAUGGCGUUGGUCAUUCAGAAAGAGUUCAGACUAUAGGCAAGUCAGGUCCACAGCGUAGGAGGGAGGCGACGCGACGCAGAAGCAAGCAGCGCGCCUACUCGAGUCCAUCACAGUCCUCCUGUCGCAUCGGACGAAGUCACAGCGACCGGCUGUUCGGCCCGGUAUCUGGUCUCGGAAGCAACUCACGGCAAGCGAAA